AUGGUAGACUAUGCCUGCCAGCACGUGGUCAUCUUUAGAUGGUGGAAAAUUUCUCUGAGAAGCGAGUAUCGGACAGCAAAACCUGGAGAGAUAAAGGAAACCCAUGAAGAUUUUCUAGAGAACUCUCAUCUUCAAGUACAAAUCGCCUUAGUAUUUGGUGCAAGAAUAUUAGACUAUGUCUUCAACCUGUGCGAAGGUAAAUUUGACUACCUGGAGCGGCUCUCAGACAAACUGCUGCUGAAGAUCAUCCACUACCUGGACCUCGAAGAUAUUGCCAGGCUCUCUCAGACAUCAAGCAGGUUUGCAAAGCUGUGCAAGUGUGACUCACUGUGGGAGCAGAUAGUUCAGUCGGCCUGUGACACCAUCACCCCCGACAUGCGGGCCCUGGCGAAGGACUUGGGCUGGAGACAGGUGUUCUUCACCAACAAGAUCCAGCUGCAGAGGCAGAUCCGCAGGAAGAAGCAGAGACAGGGAAAGCAGAAGGAGAAGCAUAUUUAGCAGCCAGCUUUUUCCACCGCUGGCUGAGCCCACAGACGUGCCUCUCUUCAGAUCCAAAUCUUGUUCUUGUUUAACAACAGUUGUUGCUGAUUCCAGGAAUCACUUGACAAAUCCCAUUUUGCACAUACAUGCAAAUCCAUCCAGUGCCUUACUUGAGCAACCACCCCUGUCCUGCUCAGGUCAACCCAUGGCCUAAGUAUUUAGGGAUAUAAGACAGGAAGCCUUUUAGGCCACCACCUUCCCAAUCCCAUUACCCCUGAGGAAAGAGGCACUUGUGUGUAUGAACUAACAAUAAAGACUUAUUUGCA